AUGAAGAAUGACACAGUGAUAAAAGAAAAGGGUUUCGUUGGUUCUUCUUCUAAAAUACCAAUUAGUCAAACACAAUCAAAUACUGAUUCAAUGUCAUCAUCAAAUAAUCGAAGUUCUACUAUAACAAUAAUUGAAGAUAUUAUAAAGAAAAAGUAUAAUACAUUAAUAUUAAAAUUACAUUUACAAGAUGAUAAAAAGAAAGAACAUAAAGAAAAAAUUAGAAAUAUGUCUGAUGAUGAAAGAGAUCAAUUUAUUAGUGAAUUAUUAAAUGAACUUAAAACAGAUUUAUUUACAACCUUGGAUAAUAUUCGACAACGAUUGAAAAGUCAACGUCCAACAGAUUUAAAUGAUCCAGACUAUGAAGCAAAAAUUAAAUUAUAUUGUGAAUUAUUAAAUACAGUAUCGUCCAUUCUCGAAGAAGUAAAUAAAUCAGUUAAAGAAAUAUUUGAUGAAUUUCAUCUAUUUCUGGAUGAAUUAUGGAAUGCAAUAUAUGAAGAAAAAAAUACUGACGAAAUAAUCGAAAACUUUAAACGAACACUUGAUCAUCACAUGAAAACAAAAUGGGAAAAUGUUUUUAAUACUGUCGAUGAGAUUAUACGACAGGAAACAGGUAUAAAACAACAACAACAACAACAACAACAAUUACCGGAGUUGUUAGAACAAGAACAUGAAGAGAAUAAAGGAAUAAUUAUUUCUCGUUCAUCGUUUGCCGAAUUAAGACCUCCAUUUGUAGUUCCAAAAGCAGCGUUAGCUCAUAGAAUAUGUGUAUGUAUCUAUCAUGAAAAUGUUAAUCUAUUACUGAAAGCAAUUGAUAAAUUUGUUAAAGGAAAUGUUUUUUCAUCUUUACAACAAUUUACUAGGACUUUAGUUUGUAAUACUGCCAAUCAAGAAUGUAUGUUUCUUACAUGUCCAUUAUGUGAAAUUGAUGAAGCUGUUGAGUUGUUGAAAUCCAAAGUUAAAUAUUUUCUAUUUCAUGGCUAUGUUAAGCGUGAACAAAGUAAAUAUUCCGAACAGUUAAAGUCAGAAGUAACAGAUGAAAAAGUUGUUAUACAAGUUGAUCUCGCUGAAAAUUUUGGAUUGAACGAGCAAGACGAAAUUCAAAGUGCUCAUUGGAAUAUAAAAACUCUGUCAACAUUUACAGCUUAUGUAUAG